AUGAGCUCGAGCUAUUCAAGCUACGGUACAGACACAUCAGAGAGGACGACUCCGCGGGCGAUCGACGCGCCGACGCGGCGGCACGCGUCGAUGUCGGUUGACGGGGGCCAGGCGUUGGGUCGAAGCUUCAUAUACAGCAGUUAUCGCCCGAGUGGUCUGGAGGGAUUCGCGGCGGGGACCCCGGCUGUGCACUCGACGAGUUCCGUGCACGAGGAAACGGCAAAUUUUGCGGGGGUUGGCGUGGACGAGGAGAGCAGCGGCAGUGAGGCCGUGCUGGGGGAGACAGCGGAGCCGGAGCCGGAGGGAGAGGGGGAAGCGGAAGUGGAGGGGGAACGAUCGUACUGGUCUGCGGGGGAGCCCCGUGCAACGAAAAGCUCGAAAUCGGAUUCGUUCUCGCAGACAUCUUUGUCGCAUAAUUCAUUGCAUAAUUCAUUUUCGCAAACGCCCGAGCCCCCGAGCGAGUCCCCUUUGCCCGAAGCGCCCCUUUUAGCCGAGCCCCCCCGCACGUCGUGGCAGAAGUUUUUCGCGCGCGCGAGGAAAAUCACCCGGGACUUCCCCAGGGACCUCCCCGCGUGGAAGCAGACGGGGGCCCGUGUGGUGGGGUACGUGCCGGCGGUGUUCCUCGGGGUGCUCAUGAACAUCUUGGACGCGCUCUCGUACGGAAUGAUCAUGUUCCCGUUGAGCGAGCCGUGCUUUAAGGACAUGGGUCCGGCGGGAUUAUCGAUGUUUUACGUUUCGACGAUCGUGUCACAGCUUGUUUUUUCGCUGGGCGGGUCGGCGUUCAAGUCCGGGAUCGGCUCCGAGAUGAUCGAGGUGACGCCCUUUUUCCACAAAAUGGCCUCCAGCAUCAUGGUGAGUCUCGGGGAGGACAACAAAGACGCGGUGGUCGCCACGACGAUAGUGACGCUGGCCUUUUCUUCGGUGGUGACCGGGUUGUGCUUCGGGCUGCUCGGGAAAUUCCGGCUGGGUAGGCUCGUGGGCUUUUUCCCACGCCACAUCCUCGUGGGCUGCGUUGGCGGAGUGGGAUACUUUUUGGUGGUCACCGCGAUCGAGGUGUGCUCGCGGAUUGAUGGCGGGAUCCACUACAACGCGGCGGUGCUGCGCUAUCUUCUGCAGCCGCUGGUUUUCUUACAGUGGACCGUGCCGCUAGCGCUGUGUGCCGUGCUUGUGCUUGCGGAGCGCUUCGUGCGCAGCCCGCUCCUUGUGCCGGGAUACAUCAUCGCCGUGUUUGCCGCAUUCCAUGCGCUCGUUGCCGCUGUCCCGCAGUGGUCGCUCGGCGCCGCCCGGCGCUUCGGCUGGGUCUUCGCCGCGCAGCGCUCCGCAGGCCCCUGGUACGGCUUCUAUGCGCUCUACCGCUGGCGCAUCGUCGACUGGUGGCUCGUCCUUGCGCAGAUGCCAACCAUCCUUGCGCUAACCUUCUUCGGCGUCCUCCACGUGCCCAUCAACGUCCCCGCAUUGGCGCUAUCCACAGGGCAGGGCGCAGACGGCGCAGACGCCGUCGAUGUCGACCGCGAGUUGCUGGCGCACGGCAUCAGCAAUGCACUAUCCGGCAUGCUCGGCGCCAUCCAGAAUUACUUGGUCUACACAAACUCGGUGCUCUUCAUCCGCGCAGGCGCCGACUCGCGCCUCAGCGGCGUCCUCCUUGCGCUGGCUACCGCAGCCGUCAUGGUCGCCGGCCCCGCAAUCAUCGGAUACAUCCCGGUAUGCGUCGUUGGCACUUUGGUGUAUCUUUUGGGUUAUGAACUCCUCAAAGAGGCACUCUGGGACACAGUGGGCCGCGUGCGGCCCUUCGAGUACGCGACGAUCGUCGUUAUCGUCGUCACAAUGGGCGCAGUCGACUUUGUUGCGGGAAUAAUCGUUGGAAUUUUGCUUGCGUGCGUGUCUUUCGUGGUAGAGGCUGCGGGGCGCGAGGUCGUGCGCGGCGUCUACAGCGGGCGCUAUGCGCGCUCGAUCGUUGUGCGCCACCCAAAGCAGAUUGAGUUCCUUGCGCGGGUCGGCCGCCAGACCUGCGUCUUCAAGCUUGCGGGUUCGCUAUUCUUCGGCUCGAUCGGCCGGCUCGAGGAGCGCGUGCGCACGCGCUUUGCGCACCACGCCUGGCUGCGCGACCCCAUUAAGUUCCUCAUUCUUGACGUCAACGGCGUCCCGGGCAUCGAUUUCUCCGCCGCAGAGGGCUUCAAGCGCAUCCGCAACCUUGCGCUCGACCGCGGCUGCUAUCUUCUCAUCUCCUCUGUCGAUGCGCACUCCGUCAUGGUGCGCGCGCUCGAGGACUGCGGCCUCUGGGAGGACCCGCGCGACCGCGCCCGCGUCCAGCUCUUUCACGAUCUCAAUUCUGCGCUCGAAUGGUGCGAAAACAGGUUCUUGGCGGACGUGGCGGCGUAUGCACGCGGUAGCGCAGCGCUCGACAGCCCAGGAACAUCUCCAACGGGCAUCGCGAUCCGCUCCCGUCGCGCUUCCAAAAUCGGCGCCAGACCCCGCAGCGCUUCCCACGCGCAGACUUCCCGCAGACUCCCAAUGGCGCUCCUCCAGAACGCGGGAUUCUCCCCUUCGGAGCACAUCCCACUUCUCUCGGCGUCGCCACGCCGCGCGCAGUUCGUCUCGGCCGCCCAGAAGUCCCUUUCCGCCGAGCGCCGCGAGCUCUUGAAGUCCGCUGCCCCGCCCGCACAGCCGUUGCCCCUCGUCUUGAAAAUCAUGCAGGGCCUCGCCGACUCCCUCAGCGAAUCCCUCUGGGCUGCCUUGUGCCCCUACCUCCGGAAAUCCGUCUUUGGCGCCGCACGCACCAUCUACUCCCGGGGAUCCGACCCCGUUGCCCUUUUCUUCGUCGAGCACGGCCUCAUCAACUACCGCAUGACUUUCAACAACUUGAAUCUCAGCCUCCGCAGCUCCGUGCUCCCCCUCACGCUCUUCGGCGACAUCAUCGCGUCCCACUCCGACGACAGGAAAAUUGUUUACACCGCAGAGUCCGCAUCCACCGUCUGGGUGCUCGACGCCGCUUCCAUCGGCAGGCUCCGCGCCGACAACGCCGAGCUCUACGAGCAGCUUCUUGUUGUCUGCCUCCGGCUCUCCGCCCAGCGGGCCGAUACCAUCGCCUCCAACAUCAUGGUGUCGUCCUGA